AUGAAGGUAUUCAACAAGACCAAGUCCGCUAGCAAGCUUCAAGACGAGCAAGCUGCUGCUCAACAAAAGGAACCUCUGACACCUCAAAAGAGUGAGGAUUCGGAAGAGUCCAGUGAUGACGAUGAGGAAGAGAUGAUUGCUGCAGAACGAGAAGAAGAAGAAGAAGUUGGAGCUGUGGGAAAGAUUUUGAAUUCCCUCGCUGGUAUCUGCGGUGGAGGUUCGUCUACCAACAACGAUGAAUGGUGCCAUAUGAAGGAGGGCAUGGCUGAAAUCUAA